AGAUGCUCCAAAACCGGAAGUACACCGAAAUAGACGCAAUAAAGUGGAAACUCAGAGAUAUUGCUACAGCAACAUGCAAUAGGAGGGUCGACACAGUUAAGCCUUUUACGUUUUUUUCAGAGAGACACCGAUAUACAGUUGGUAUUUGGCGACAUCGUACAUAGUUAUCAGCGUGGGCGAAAUGUCAAGAGAUUUUAAUCCUGGUUACCAGCUAGCUAAACUGUUGUUGAUUUACCAGUCGUCCAUAUACCUAGCUAGCUAGCCAAGGAGGAUACAUAUCAAAUAUUACCACGGUAUUGACUACAAACGAGAUAAUUAAGUUAACGUUUUCUAAAUGACGCUAAAUUAAAUGUGCACUACGCAUAAAUCGCUACACCAUUUCCUGCUUGCUUGCUAAAAUUCUAAUAGUUCGCCUAAUUUCAGUUUGUGAUAAAAACAUAUCAUUGUACCAUAUAAACCGUCGUUAAAUAUAUUUUCAAUAACCAAAAAAUAUAGUAUUUUCAUCUGUUUGAAGCUGGUGUAUUGAUCUGAAAGUAAAAGAGAAAAUUUAAAACAGGAAGGAAAGAUAUAGCGCACACAACAUAUCUACCGCUUCUUGGACUUGCGAAUUACAUAUCUAUUACUUAAAUUUCUAUGUGUAUUUGGUGGGGUCUUCCAAAAAGUGACAUUUCAUCUUUAAAUCACUAGUUGAUAAAAUAAUCUCUCGAAAUAGGUGUUCACUCAAUACGUAUUUAUCUGAACUUUCCAAAGUGGCAAACCUUGCACCAGUCAAUAUGCCUUUGCUGUUUUUGGAGAGAUGUCCAUGGCCCACUUUGCAGACAUACACAGCUCUGAGUGCUGUAUUUCUCGCUGGGUCAAUAUUGAGUGGCUACUGUACUGUCCCAGAACCAGUAGAGUACACACAGACACAGAGCAGUUCUCCUGUAGAAAGUGAUGAUGUUGAUGAGGACCCAAUCACCAGCCUUAGUGAUGUGGCAGCCACUGUCCGGUUGUACCUGGUCUCAAACACUGUUUUUGUUUGGGUGAUGGUGAAUACAGCCUGUUGUGUCCUGAUGCUGAUUGCAAAGGUGAUCCAGUGCAUUGUCUUUGGGCCGCUCCGUGUCAGUGAAAAACAGCACCUAAAGGACAAGUUCUGGAACUUCAUCUUCUACAAGUUUAUCUUCAUCUUCGGGGUGCUCAACGUUCAGACGGUGGAGGAGGUGGUGAUGUGGUGUCUGUGGUUUGCUGUCCUCGUCUUCAUGCACCUCAUGGUCCAGCUCUGCAAGGACCGCUUUGAAUAUCUGUCAUUCUCACCCACCACUCCUAUGGACAGCCAUGUGAGGGUUCUGACCCUACUGGUGGGUAUGCUGCUGACCUGCUGUGGCUUGGCUCUGCUCUGUGGGCUCCUGGGAAAUCCCCACGGCGUACACACCGUCACCUUCAUGGCCGCUGAGUGUAUGCUGGUGUCCGUUAGAACUGGACAUGUCAUUAUCCGGUACUUUAUCCACCUGUGGGACUUGAACCAUGAGGGCACCUGGGAGAGUAAAGGAUCCUACGUUUACUACACUGACUUUGUGAUGGAGCUGGCUUUGCUGGGGCUGGACCUUAUGCACCACAUCCACAUGCUGCUGUUUGGUAACAUCUGGCUCUCUAUGGCCAGCCUGGUGAUCUUCAUGCAGCUGCGUUACCUGUUCCAUGAGGUGCAGAAGAGAAUCCGUCGCCACAAGAACUACCUCCGUGUCAUCAACAACAUGGAGGCCAGGUUUGCUGUGGCCACCUCUGAUGAGCUGGUAGCGAACAAUGAUGACUGUGCUAUCUGCUGGGACUCCAUGUUGACAGCACGCAAGCUGCCCUGUGGACAUCUCUUCCACAACUCUUGCCUGCGUUCCUGGUUGGAGCAGGACACGUCGUGUCCCACGUGCCGUAUGUCUCUGAACAUCAGCGAGGGGGCUGGAGGAGAGAGAGAGGAGAGGCAAAGGGAGCCCAUGCUGGAAGACAACAUGGGCCCUGGAGGCCCCGGGCCAGAUGCAAGGCAACACCUCAACCAACACAACCACUUCUUCCACUUUGAUGGUUCUCGCAUUGCCAGCUGGCUGCCCAGUUUCUCUGUGGAAGUGAUGCACACAACCAACAUCCUGGGAAUCGUACAACAGGCCAACAACUCCCAGCUCAAUGCCAUGGCCCAUCAAAUCGGGGAGAUGUUUCCGGAGGUUCCCUACCAUCUUGUGCUGCAGGAUCUGCAGCUGACCCACUCUGUAGAGGUCACCACUGACAACAUCUUGGACGGACGCAUCGUGGUUCCUUUCCCCAUACAGCCUGUGGAUCACUCCGCCUCCCAGGUCAACCCCUCCCCACAAGAUGUGGGUGGGGCCAGCGGGAGUUCAGAGUUCGUGACCCCCGAGGUGGAGGAUUUUGAGGUCAGAGGCAGCCGCUUCUCCAAGUCAGCCGAGGAGAGACAGAAGAUACUGCUACAGAGGAAAGAUGAGCUGCUGCUACGAGCACAGAGGAGAUAUCUGAGCAAGAGCCCAGAGGAAAAUGCUGCUGCUAUGAACGACGAUGAUGAGUACGAUGAAGGUCUGCCCUCUCUUGAUGAUGACAUCCCAGCAGGCUCAGUUUUAGACUCUAUGACCCUGCGACGCAGAAAGUUAGCGGCAGCUGCUGAGCGCCGCAUGCACACUUACCAGUGAAGAGGCUGGACUGGGAACUAAGGCCGGGAUGAUACCAGUAUUACCAUACUCGUUAGUAUCAUGGCAAGGAAACCAAACACAAAGCGAAAUUAACUUUAGGAAAACAUCCCUAAUGUUGGAAUCAAAUGAAAUUAUGUUUUCAUCCAGAGUCACAUGUAUUUAUUUUCCAAGCUGUAGCAAACAAUAUAUUGCAUACAGCAGGUUAUUAAAGGACCAAAGUUAGAUCUGCUUCGUGUUUUAAUUUUGGUCAUGGACAUUUUUUUGUGAUACUGGUAUUGUUACAGCCCUAGUGGGAACCAGUAAGAUUUAUACUGGUUACGACAGGUCUCACUGUACCACCAAACCUGCCCCUCUACAGUCCAUCUAGGGCCGGAGUAAAUAACCUACUACUGAAUGGACUGUCUAUCUGUUAAAUUAACCUGAGAAAUGUGCAUGAUUACAUUUUUUCCCCACGCUGUGUUUUAAACAUGAGAUCCCAGGCUUUGUCACAAUGGACCGUGACCGGGAGCCCCAUAGGAGGGCCCACAAUUGGCCCAGCACUGUCUGGGGUAGGGGAGGGUUUGGCCGGGGGGGGCUUUUCUUGGCUCAUCAUGCUCUAGCAACUCCUUGUGAUAGGGCCGGGCACCUGCAAGCUGAAUCCCGUCGUCAAUUGAAAAUAUUGGUGUGGCUGACAUCCAGCUCAAGCAGGCGGUGUGGUAAGAAUGCAGCCAGCCAGGCGGGUCAUGUUUUGGAGGACCCAUGACUUGGCCUUUGCCUCUCCCGAGCCCAUUGAGGAGAUGCCAAGGGACCUAAUUCGGGGAGAAAACUAUGUUUUAAAAAAACUGCUUGUGGCCAUAACACCCAGAACACGCCUGUUCAGGGUCAGGCCUGGUUAGUACUGAGACGGGAGACUGCCUGCCAAUACAUUAUUAGACAGAAAUCUGUAUUGUCCACAUUUCUGCUCUUAUCUCUACCAUGAAGAAACAUUGAACAGACAGUCUCCAUCUACUUUCUGAUACUGCAGAGUCUAGUACAGUUUGAUGUAGGAAAUAUCUAUUUUCUGUCCUGAAUACAUAUAUAGUUCAGUUCCAUUGCCUUGUGUAUUGAUAGUGUACCACUAUGAUUCAUAGCUAAAAGCCACAUUUGAAUUUGUAUUAUAAGGAGUUGAAAUAUUAAUUGAUUAUUUUAUUUGUGUACAUGCGUAGAUGGCAUAAGUAGCAUUUAGAUUGUCUACAUGAUUCUUCAAAACCUUGUGUAAAGGCUUUAGCUGGAUCACACUUUAUUUGAAUGGUACUGACCUACAGUGCCUUCGGAAAGUAUUCACACUUAGACUUUUUCCACAUUUUGUUAGGUUACAGCCUUAUUAUAAAAUUGAUUCAAUUGUUUUUUUCCCUCGUCAAUGUAUACAUAAUACCCCAAAUAAAAAACAGAUAUCACCUUU